AUGAUAUAGUAGCAGAAAAUAAUGACCCUGAGGGUACAGGAUUAACCGCAAUCCUUGAUGAUGUUCUAUUCAGUUGCCAAGAAAUUCCAUUCAUGGCCAUUGACAAUGAAGGGUCAUCAAAAAAAAAAAAUAGAAAGUACUACUAUGUAUUACAUCUCUACAGUUCUCUAAUUAAUGGCCAAAAAGUGGUGGUAACACUUUUAGGCAUUCAGGUUUUCUUCGACAUUCUUGUAUCGGAUGGAAAACCAUCAGAUGAUUGUGAAAUAAAAAGCAUAUUAAAGCUUUUCCUUUUUGCGGUUAUCAUACAAAAAAAAACAUAUUUACAAAUUUAUACGAGUGGCACUGGUAAAAGAAAGACAGUCAUGAAAGCCAUUCAAGAUAAUAAUUACGAAACUGCAUCAGAUGACUUGUACUCAUUCUACCGUAAAGUAGCAAGAGAGAAUGGAAUCCAACUUUGCGGAUGGUCUAUACUAAAUUUUUGGCCAGUAGCAGACCUAAAAAUAAUAAGUAACCAAUUUCCUAUUUCAGUUCUCUUACAGAAUCGUAUUCUUGUCCUCGCAUGGAAUAUAAAAAUGCAAUCACGAGAGUUGGGUGAUUUUGCUGAAGCCCUCGAUCUGAAUCAAAAUAUUUUUAUAUUUU